CCUCCUCCCCAAGCGGAAGCGGCCAGCAGUUCCCGGAUGUCGUGGUGAAGCGGGGCGGGCGUCGGGUGAGAUCGAGAUGGCUACAGAGGGGGAUGUGGAGCUGGAGCUGGAGACUGAGACCAGCGGCCCUGAGCGGCCUCCCGAGAAGCCAAGGAAGCAUGAUAGCGGUGCGGCAGACCUGGAGCGAGUCACCGACUAUGCGGAGGAGAAGGAGAUUCAGAGUUCCAAUCUAGAGACAGCCAUGUCCGUGAUUGGAGACAGGCGGUCAAGGGAGCAGAAAGCCAAACAGGAGCGGGAGAAGGAAUUGGCAAAAGUCACCAUCAAGAAGGAAGAUCUGGAACUGAUAAUGACUGAGAUGGAAAUCUCAAGAGCAGCAGCAGAACGGAGCUUGCGGGAACACAUGGGCAAUGUGGUGGAGGCUCUUAUUGCCCUAACCAACUAA